GAGCUAUCUGUGUUUUAGAUUGCUUGUCGUGGACUUCAUCAUGAACAACCACCAUCGUCAUACGAGUUCUGACCUAAACAAGGGAGCAGGCGCAAAGGUGAUCGGAAUUUCUUUGGCGCCGAUAUCUGAGAACCAGUCACGUGAUCCCACCACCCUGAGCUUCGACCACUCUGCGUCCACAAAACUUCACGACAGGGCUACAGCACUCCAGCUUUCACCUGCUUGAUACUUCAGCACCACAAGACACGGGACAAAAGUACCCCAUCAAACCAAGGAAACACUGACUCUACAGGAGCUACUUCCUGCAACAAAUCAUCCGAAAGCCCGUCUUUGAUUGACAAUCCACCUUGAAACGAACAACCAACUGAGCUCUAUCGAUCGAUCCUUCAGAGUCCCCGAACAUGUCUGGCAGAGGAGGAGGCAGAGGCAAGGUCCUCUUACCACCCAUCAAUUUUAUCUUUCGCCUGCUUCAGCAACAGAGCCCCGUCUCAAUAUGGCUAUUCGAGCAACUGCAGAUCAGGAUAGAGGGCAAGAUCAGGGGAUUCGAUGAGUUUAUGAAUCUCGUCAUUGACGACGCGGUGGAGGUGAAGCUGGCGACAAAAAAUCAAGAGGAGACGAAGCGGCCUUUGGGUCAAAUCCUGUUGAAAGGAGACAACGUAUCACUUAUCCAGAUGGUACAAUGAUCCCUUGUUGAACGAAUGCGCCCCUGCAUGUGGAGUUUGGGAGAACAAUUUCGCGAACGACUCUUUUUGGACGACCAUCAUGAACCGGUCGGGAAUGGUCAUCGGGAAGCAAACGGGUGGAGAGACAUUGAACCACGAGCUAUUUAUCAGCUCGCAGCACGGUUCCGUCGCCUUGGAUCAAGGCAUCGACUCUCCAGUCGGUAGGACCCAUCGGAACCUGCUCGUCUUGGCCCAAGAUUUGCUCAUUUAGCGAUAGCGCGGCUACCGACGCGAUUAGCGAGUCGCCUCAGGCGUCGGAAGACAAGACGGGUGGGAGAGAUGCUCACCAAGAAAUGGCAUCCCUUUCGAAACCAAUCCUUUCUGUGAAUGCUCCGCGUAUCGUUGCAAGAAGUAGUCAUAGUAUCCUUUCCCGUGACCGAGCCGGCCAAAGCUCAGAUCGAAU